AUAUUUUGAAUCAGUCUAAUUCUAAAAGGAAUGGCAUCGUUUAAAUGUUUUGUUAAACGUCACUUUUCUAAUGGGCUUGCUACUUAGCACGUGACAAAAUAAAUAAGUCUGACGUAAGUCUGAAACUAAUGCAAGGAGAUAAUGCAACUGGAGAUAAAAUAAUAUCACUUCCUUCCUUGUCUGUCACAAAAUAGCAAAACAGCAACGUUAAAGCACGUUAAAACAGCACAUUUAAACAAAAGAUAAACGUGCUUACCUCCAUUUUGGAAACUUCUUCUUCUUCUCUAAUACAUUCUUCUUCUUCUUCAACGGUUCAACUGCGCUAUGCGGGCGGAGUUAAACGUUUAACUCCGCCCACGUUUAGUUCAAGGUGGGCGGAGCUCAACGUUUAACUCCGCCCACGUUGAGGCACGCCCCGAUCUGCGGGCUGCAGUCAGGGGUACUUGGGCAGCGAUGCCCGGGACUGCGUACGUCAUCACUGUGAGACACGCCCACCAGACUGCCUUACUAUUUCCGAUAGGUUUCAAGUUGGAGAAGCCUUCUUCUGGUUUUGUUCGGUCAGUUGUACUCACUGAAGUUUAUAAAAAUGAGUGAAAUGAAGCCAAGCGAUGUCGCUGCAGCGGAAGACAGCAGCGAGGAAAAAGACUGGGCUGCUGCCAAAGCUGCUUUUGACAACCUUAAGUCAAACAAACCCAGACCUCCCAAACCCCGGUUUGCUGUCUCCAUCGCCGUCUCCUCUCGCACCGUCUUCAACAUGGUGGCAGAGAGGAAGAUCUACGAGGAAGAAGGAGUAGAGAAGUACGUGGCUUUUCAGGUGGAACAUGAAAACGAGCCCUUCAGGCCAGGACCUGCUUUCCCGUUUGUCAAGGCGCUGAUGAAUGUCAACUCCCGACUGAGGGAGCUCUACCCAGACAGCGAGGAGCUGUUUGACGUUAUCUUAAUGACUAACAACCCUGCCCAAGUUGGAGUGCGCCUCAUAAACAGCAUCAAUCAUUAUGAUUUGACCAUAGAGAGAUUCUGUAUGACGGGAGGACAAAGCCCCAUCGGUUACCUGGAGGCUUACAUGACAAAUCUUUACCUCUCCAAAGAUUCAGACAAAGUCACAGAGGCCAUAGAGGCAGGAAUUGCUGCAGCUACAAUGUUUAUGCCAGAAAAGGAGAUGGAGUUGAGCGACACUCAGCUGAGAGUGGCGUUUGAUGGCGACGCUGUCCUCUUCUCAGACGAGUCAGAGAUCAUUGUGAAGAAACAUGGCCUGGACACUUUCUUUGAGCAUGAGAAGCGCUAUGAGAACCAACCUCUUGCUCAGGGCCCCUUGAAGUGUUUCCUGGAGGCGUUGGGAAAGCUCCAGAGAAAAUUCUACUCCAAGAACGAGCGUCUGAACUGCCCCAUCCGAACCUUUCUGGUCACGGCCCGCAGUGCUGCAAGCUCUGGUGCUCGCGUCCUCAAGACCCUCCGCAGCUGGGGUCUGGAGAUCGAUGAGGCUCUCUUCCUGGCUGGGGCUCCUAAAGGGCCCCUGCUGCAGAAGAUUCGACCCCACAUCUUCUUUGAUGACCAGAUGUUCCACAUUGAGGGUGCCAAGGACCUGGGAACCAUAGCCGCACAUGUCCCUUAUGGCAUUGGACAGAAAUACCACAAGGGGAAACUCAUCGAGCAGCCUGCAAAAAAUGAAUAGGCAGAUGAUUGCUGAAUAUUUUCUCAACAGUUACACUAGGUGCCGUUCACUGUUUCACUUAAUACUGUUUUAGACGAGAAACCUGUUGACACCUUUUAUCUGUUAUCUUAUGAAAAGCUUACUGUGUGAGGAAAAGCACAUUUUGUCUGUUACUUUCGAGUUUAUGGAAUGUUUUCAUAUUUUUAUACUCUAAACCUGUUUUGUAUCUUAUCAGCUGAGGUUUUAGCACACACACACACACACACACACACACACACACACACACACACACACACACACACACACACACACACACACACAAUAAAUGGCAAUAAUCGCACACAUGUAAUGGGGGCCAUUUAUAUUGUAAAAGGAACAAUGGGUAGGUGUGGCUUCCAAGGAACACUGAUGCUGUGGAUGUGCACAAACAAGAAGCUUUCCUCAAACUUUUAUACUGUGUUGUGGGUCGUUUACAAUUUUUGCACUGUAUCUGCACAUCAGACAACAAACUGUAACUACACUUUUUGUAUCGCACUUACUAAAUGUAUGCAGUUUGCAGAUAGCAUUUUAUAUAUUUAAACAUUGUUGAGGAGUUCCAUGCACUAGUUUGUAAAUGCUGGCAAUAUUUCUCUGUAUUUUGCAUUGUUUGUACUCAUGGUGACAUCAUUUUUACACCAUUUAACUCGGUUAAAUGGUGUGCACUUUACAAGUGCACUGAGCUCAAAGGAUGUAGUUUGAUAAAUAUAGCAAUGUUCUCUGGUACCCCCAUUGUGGUGGUGGUAAGUAACAAACUGCAUCUACUUAGGGAAUAUUGUGCUUUUAUAUCUGCUAAAAAAUUUAAAAAAUCAGAAAGAGCAGUUGAAGUAAAGCACAUUGUUGUUCCCAAAAUUUAUGGCUCUUAAAAACCACCAAAGUCAUGUCUGGCUGUGUGCUUUGGUCUUUGUUUCAGAGUAUAAACUUGUAUAACAUCGAAUGAUUUUUCAGAUUUCUGUUGUGACCCUCUGAAGAGAGGCUGAGCCCAAACUUGGGAAUCCUGAGAUUACAGUUUUUCUCAAUUGCUAAAACACAAAACCCUAUUGUCUGAACCAAAUUCUCAGUUGCCUGAACCCACUUAUUGAAUCAGUCACUCUUUUGGCAAAACCAUAAGCACCUUUCACCUGUUUAGACACAUCUUGUCAACACAUUGUCAUUGUGAUGCACCUGUGUUGAAUAAUGUGAGCACAGGUGGCAAAAGUCAAACACAGUUAAAGCUCAGAUGUCACCGGUUGAACACAACUCAAAAUUGAUCACACUUGUGGCUAAUGAUGUGAGGGUACAUAUAAGCCAAAGCACUGGUUUGUGAGGCACUAUAAUGGACAGAAAUCUAAGAAGAGGAGCAUGGAUACGGCAUGCCAGGGGUUCUUUCCCUGUUGCCUGGCCAGAGAAAAUGUGGCCUGUGAUGUAGAUGAAGUCCUGUGGCCUGACCCAGUAUGGAGAAAUGAUGCUGUGGUAGAGUAAUGCACUUCUUUUCUUUGUACUUCAUUUGAACAUUUUUGUGCUUUAUUUUUACGUACAAGUGCUACAUGUAAAUGCACAGGAUUUCUGUUUUUUUUGCAAAUUCUUUUUUCUAUGUACAAGUGUUUGAAAUGCCCAGGUAUUUUGAUUUGCAACAUGCAUUUAGCCUAAAUAAACACUUAUUUCUACCGCUUCA